GGUAAAACGAUCGUACUCAUUUAUAUGUAUUAUUACUAACUUAUUUAUUAGUUACUGUUAGUUGUUAGUUGCUUAUUAGUAUUCCAUUGAAACCAAACAUCAAUUGAAUAACAAAAAAAAAAACACCGGAAAUUUAUGUUUGAUUCCAUUUCAAAAUGUUUUUACACUACAUAUUUCAAAACUAUUAGAUAUAAAUCUAGAUAUCUGACAUUUUGAUCUUUCAGACCAAAACGUUAAGUGAUAAGUCGUCAGACAGGACUGAAAUGCUUUCAUGCAUAAUGAAUUGACGACCGUUUGCAUGACAAGGCAACUACAUACCUACUUAGCUCGCAACAUUAACUAUUCAAUAGCUAAACAGUGUAAAUAACUAAGGUAGGUAUAUUAAUGUCCACUUAUUUUGUAAUUAAUGUAGUGGAGCGCUUUUCAGGAUGUUUAAGGAUCGUAAGUGAGAUAAUAGGUAGUUACAAAGUAUUCAAAUCCCACAGUUAAGUUCAGCUUGACAAUAGUGGGAUCUAUCUGUGAUCUAAUUUUCAGUUUAGCUUGAAUCUUCCAAUGUUAUAGUACUACUGCUUCAUGAGUCACUGCAGUCGGUGGUAAUCAAAUCUCUGGCAAAGGCAAGGUUUACCAUUAUUUUUUAAGGUUCUGUAACACGUUUAAAUUAACGAAAAUAGUAGGUAAUCUGUUGCUACUUGCUAGAGCAGGACUGCAGGAGCAGACUCCCCCUAAAGCAGCGUGAAAUUUUUCUAGAUUCCUUGAAGGUCAAAAUUCUGAGAAAAGAGUAUUUAAAGGUAUAUGCUGCAAUGCUGCGUAUCUUGAAAAAUAUUUUCAUUAAAAUGUAAAUACUAAAUUAUUAUAAUAGGUUAAUGAGGAAACUUACUUACUUGUAGCUAUAGUUUGCUAUAGUAGUAACAACACACCAUUAAAGAUAAAAUCUAACUAGAUAUUCAUUUAUAUUGCUUGCUGUAUCUCGUGUGAGGUAACAGGUGUGCUUUGUCCAUUUUCCCCAGUGUAUGCAGCUAUUUGUGAUGUUAUCUACGAACUGAAUCUAAGUACCUACAAUUUAUAACGUGACGCUUUAUGAACUAGCUUUUCACUUCCAACAUAAUAUUCAAUACAUAAACACGUCUUAUACUUUCAACGAUUUUUAGUUGGGUAAAAUGGUUUUCAAUAUCGAAGAUCUCAUGAUAAAAGAGAAGAAAAUUAGUGAUAUUAAUAAGAAGCCAUCUGCAAAUAGUUUCUGCUCCAGUAAAAUCGUCGAAUUUUGUAAUAGAACAGAUUUGCAUGGUUACAAAUAUAUUGUGAUGAAAGACCUGAAUAGAUUUGAAAGGAGUUGCUGGGCUCUGGCAGUGAUGGUCAGUUUAGUGAUCGGCAUCUAUUUCGUGGUCACGGCGUACCGAUGGUAUGCCAGAAAUCCUAUCGUCACUGUGAUAGAGAGUACACAAGCCGCAAUAUGGGACGUUCCCUUUCCCGCCGUAACAAUUUGCGAUUUAAAUUUGAUUUCACGUAAAGCGGCUCAAAAUUUUGCAAGAGACGUAAAGCGUCCCGAAAAUGUGUCCGAAGGGUUGGUGUUCGACGCGGUCCGAUAUGCGCCUUUGUUGCAUGCCUCGUACACGAUACCAGUGGAACACAAACGAGUCCUAUACAUUCUUCAGUCGAUUUUAGACUUCAAUGACAUAUCUGUGGAUGAUUUCUUUAAAAAGCUAUCACCAGUUUCGACAUGUAACCAGCUCAUAGAGAGAUGUAUGUGGAAGAAUACUUUGUAUCGCUGCAAUAAAUUGUUUCGUUCUGUGUUCACUGUGCAGAAUAUGUGCUGCACGUUUAAUUACUUUGCCGUACAUAACACCACGGACAACGACCAGUAUCCUCGUCGGGUGGCGUCGUGCGGGUACCAGACUGCCCUGACUGUUAUUGUAAACACGGACCCGGAUGACUACUACAGCGCAUUUGUAGCCUCCCAGGGAGCUUUGGUUUUCAUAGAUGAUGCAUACAAUAUGCCGGACAUGGACUCGCCAGUGCGCCUCAUGAGCCCCUUCACUGAAGUGAUGAUAGCUCUCUCACCAGAACGUACAUACAGCACCCCCGGUAUUAAAGGGUUUUCGCCAGAACAACGGCAAUGCUACUUUAUUGAUGAGAUUAAAAUCGGUGUGUUUCAACAGUAUUCUUUUCAUAACUGCAUUAUUCAACAAAAAGUUGAGUAUAUGAAGAUGACCUGCAGAUGUGUGCCGUUCUACUUCCCCACGAAAGAUAAUUACCGGGUCUGUAAUUUCUACGAUAUCGAUUGCCUUGAAAGUAUAUUAAAAAUUAACGAGUUUCCAAAUAUGGAGGAUUCGGGGAGGAAAAUUCAAUGUUUGCCGGAAUGUGAGCAUUUCAAUUAUCAUUUCGAAGUGGCGCUCGGUACUUUGUCGCAAAACGUGCACCUUAAUGGCCAUCCCUUUUUAGAUGGUUUGAGUUUGGUUAAUCGAUCCUUGCUGAAUGUGUUUUUCAAUGAUUUGGUGUCGACUAAGUACCGACGCGAUGUCUACCUUAACUGGCAAAACAUUUUAGCUUCAUUUGGCGGACUGCUCAGCUUGAUGCUUGGUUUCACCCUUAUAUCCGGUUUUGAUUUGAUACUCUACACAUUUGGUGUGUUGUAUAGCUACAUGACCCAUUCGGUAGCUAAAAAGAAUUCACGCGUCAAAAAGGAUAUUAGUAAAGAGGGCGCACCUGAAUUUUACAAGAAAAACGCAUGGCAAGAUAAUAAAUUAAAGACAAAUACAAAAGGUGUCAGAAAUUUAAGGAGAUGGUGAAUUGUUACAUAACCAGCUGCUUCGCUUACAUCCUGUACUGAUCGCAUUCAAUUUUGUUAAUCCGACUGUGUAUUAGAUUAUCAUCACAUGUAUGAUCGGUUGCUUAUUUUUGUUAUUUAAGCACUCGCUCAUUUAAAAUGAAUAGGCUUUUCCAAAUAUUUUUCAUGUAAAUGUAACGUUUUGCUGAUUAUAUGAAAAUUAAAAAACUUGC